UCAAAAUGUGGUUCUCGAUUUCUCGUUUCUAUGUCUACUUUUACAAACAAAUGUCAAGUUGAUAAGAAACCGCCAUGUUCUAUACGACGUUGAUUCUUUUUCCCUUUCUGUGUUUUACCAAGGCUGAUUUUCAAAAAAACACGCCCAUUAAUACUUAUGAUGGUCUCAUCACUCACCUUACCAAUGGAGCCCGCGUCAUGUAUUUCUUCAACACGACAGCCUGUCAACCUAUUUCCCAGACAAGAGUUUCCGACCUUCCAGUGUUCGGAGGAGAAAUUAAUUUUUUCUUAACCACAAAAACCUCUAAUGAUACACCUGGCCAACUGAUUUUUAAUCAUGAUGGUUAUGAAUUUGACAGUGCUAAAGAAGCAUUAACCGAAGACAUACAGUCUGUCUACAUCAUGAACAGCACCGCCUUUAUUCUCUAUGGAAGACCUGGGUUCUUUUUCAACAACACUAACGACAUAAAAGGUGUAAUUUGCGAUUGGUCCUCUGGAAAAGGAAACAAAUUUUGGGCAAAAGAGCCAGUAACUCCACGUCAACUGAACUCUUACGAGCAAAUUCGCACGAUGCUGGUUAAUGGUAAUCCACUUCGAUUUGCAAUCACACUUGAUGGAUGUCAAUGUGUCGAUGGAAAUUGUGGACAUGGUUAUAUUGGAGGAAAUAUGGCGGGUGUGAAAAUAUCAAAAGAGGGUACAAUAUCUUUUUCAAAGGCAAUGACUCUGUAUUUUCCUGUUCCAACAUCCCCGAUGUAUUACCGUGAGCUUUUGGUUGGAAGCAUUCAAAGUAACAAUAAAGCAACAUUAACGUUGUCUUAUCUAAAUGCGACAACUUGGGAGAUCCAAAAUGGAGUGAACAUUGCAUGUUCUAUAGAGGCUGCCAAGGGCCAUGCAAAUUUCUUUACUAUUGAUUGAUAUAUAUAUUAUUUUAUUAUUAAAGUAUGACAUUUUAUACUAUAAAUACAA